UUCAUGUUCAGAAUGUGGGAAGUGCUUUACAGAGAAAUCAAAUCUUGUUAAACACGAGAGAAUUCACACAGGUGAGAAACCAUAUUCAUGUUCAGAAUGUGGGAGAUGCUUUAAAGAUAAAGCAAGUCUUGUUAUUCAUACGAGAAGUCACAUAGGAGAAAAACCAUAUUCAUUUUCAGAAUGUGGGAACAAAAAAUCACAAACAUCAGACCUUGUUGUCCAUGAGAGAAUCCACAUAGGAGAGAAGCCUUAUUCGUGUUCAGAAUGUGAUAAGUGCUUUACAGGGAAAUCAAAUCUUCUUAGACAUACGAGAUGUCACACAGGAGAAAAAACAUAUUCAUGUUCAGAGUGUGGGAAAUGUUUUGCACAAAAGUCAGAUCUUGUUAAACAUAAGAGAAUUCACACAGGAGAGAAGCCAUAUUCAUGUUCAAAAUGUGGGAAGCGCUUUACAGAGACGUCAAAUCUUCUUAGACAUGAGAGAAGUCACAUAGGAGAAAAACCGUAUUCGUGUUCAGAAAGUGGAAAAUACUUUAUGGAUAAACCAAGUCUUCUUAUUCAUGAGAAAAGUCACACAGGAGAGAAACCACAUUCAUCUACACAAUAUGGGAAAAGUUUUACACAAACAUCAGACCUUGUUGCCCAAGAGAGAAUUCACACAGUAGAGAAGCCAUAUUCGUGUUCAGAAUGUGAUAAGUGUUUUACAGAGAAAUCAAAUCUUCUUAGACAUAAAAAAUGUCACACGGGAGAAAAACCAUAUUCAUGUUCAAUAUGUGGGAAAUGUUUUACGCAGAAAUCACAUCUUGUUAAACAUGACAGAAGUCACACAGGGGAGAAGCCAUAUUCAUGUUCAGAAUGUGGGAAAUGUUUUAAUCAAAAAUCAGAUCUUGUUAAACAUGAGAGAAUUCACACAGGAGAGAAGCCGUAUUCCUGUUCAGAAUGUGGGAAGUGCUUUGCAGAGAAAUCAAAUCUUCAUAGACAUGAGAGAAAUCACACAGGUGAGAAACCAUAUUCAUGUUCAGAAUGUGGGAAAUGCUUUAUAGAUAAACCAAGUCUUGUUAUUCAUGAGAGAAUUCACACAGGAGAGAAGCCAUAUUCAUGUUCAGAAUGUGGAAAGUGCUUUACAGAGAAAUCAAAUCUUCGUAGGCAUGAGAGAAGUCACACAGGAAAAAAACCAUAUUCAUGUUCAGAAUGUGAAAAAUCUUUUACACAGAAAUCUAGUCUUGUUAGUCAUGAGAGAAUUCACACAAUGGAAAUGCCAUACUCUUGUUCAGAAUGUAGGAAGUGCUUUUCAAAUAAAUCUCAUCUUGUUACACACAAGAAACAUCACACAGCAGAGAAAACAUACUCGUGUUCAGAAUGUGGGAAAUGUUUUAAACAAAAAUCAUAUCUUAUUACACAUGAGCGAAAUCAUACAGCUGAGAGGCCAUUUUCAUGUUCAGAAUGUGGCAAAUGUUUUAAACAAAAAUCAAAUCUUGUUACACAUGAGAGAAUUCAUACAGGAGAGAAACCCUAUUCAUGUUCAGAAUGUGGGAAAAGUUUUACAGAUAAGUCAAAUCUGGUUAGACAUGAGAGAAGUCACACAUGAGAGAAGCUAUUUUCGUGCUCAGAAUGUGGGAAAUGUUUUAUAUCUAAAGCAGAACUUAAGGAACAUCAGACAAGUCACACAGGAGAGAAGCAGAUUUGAUGUCACUUCCGUAUGCCUCAAAGCUACUUGAACAACAUGUCCAUUCGAAACUGUCCUCUCACCUUUCCUCCUGCCCCCACCACUCGACUUCCUGCUCCCACCACUCGACUGAGACUGCCGUUACCAAAGUCAUUAAUGACCUACUAACAGCCAAAACCAAAAAACAUUACUCUGUACUCCUUCUCCAUGACCUGUCCUCUGUCUUUGACGCUGUCGACCACGCCCUUCUGUUGAAACUCUCUCAUCUCUUGGCAUCACUGACCUGGCCCUCUCCUGGAUCACAUCAUACCACACAUACUGGACGUUUAGCGUCUCCCACUCUCACACCACCUCCUCGCCUCAUUCCCGCUUUGUUGGUGUCCCGCAUGGCUUUGUCCUAGGACCCCUGCUCUUCUCUAUUUACGCUUUUGGCCUGGGACAUCUCAUAGAGUCCUAUGGCUUUCAGUAUCACUCUUAUGCUGACGACACACAAAUCUACCUCUCUGGUCCAGACAUCACCACCUUAUUAUCCAGAAUCCCAUAAUGUCUAUCUUCUAUAUCAUCCUUCUUCUACUCUCACUUCCUAAAACUUAACACGGAUAAAACAGAAUUCAUUGGAUUCUGCCCUCUCAUUCCAACUGCACAUCCAAGCCCUUUCCACCACCUGCUGCCUCCAACUAAAAAACAUCUCCCGCA